CAGCGGGGUCCUCGCUCUUCUGGUGUGGGGUGAAGCAGAAGGAGAGUGGUGUGCUGUCAUCUUUAUUUUAUAUAUACGUUUAUUUGAAAAUGUAUUACAAAAUCAGCGGAGUGACAGGAAAGCUGACGGGAUCUUCACCGGCGAGCGCAUACUGCCCUCAGGGGCUGAAACCCAGCGUGCCCUCACAACCCACCCCCAUGGUCUUCGCCUUACCCACCAAGGUGGUGUCAGAAGCAGGACACACAGCUGAGUAUAUGGGAUCUAACAAAGUCCCUGAGCUGCAAAAGCUCUUUCAGAAAGCUGAUGGAGUGCCAAUUCAUCUGAAGCGUGGAGUCAUUGACCGGCUACUGUACAGGACUACAAUGGGCCUGACGAUCGGAGGAACCUUGUAUUGCUUAGUGGCCCUGUAUUUUGCUGCUCAGCCCAAAAAAGCUGAAUAACCUGAAUAACCUUCCCUGUGGAACAAUGAGAUGGACCAUUACAAGUGUAUUCCCAAAGACAGUUGCAUAAUUGCUUUGGUUCUGCAAUAUUUUUUCACCUCCUAUCAACCCUUAAUUUAUAUGGCCCUCAAGAGGGUUUGGAAUUACAUGUUUUAGAAACAGGUCAAAUAAGAAGCACCAGUUAAGAGCAUCACUCCUCUGUGAAUGACUUAAUUCAGGGAUAUGGUGUAGUUGUAAUACAUUCUGUGUGUAUAAGGUGCCAUUUUAGGUUUGGGAGGCUGGUGCUUUGAACAUAGGGAUGUGUUACAAAACAAACCAAGCUUCCAGUUGGCUUAUAAUGCACAGGCGCUUGCAAUGACAACAGACUGCAAUGUGAAAUUAUGAAAUAAAUGGGAACUGUGCCAGCAGGUUUGUGUGUUUAAAAAAAAAAAAAAAAAAUUGGACAGGUUUUCUCUUGUUUUGUCGACUGGGGCAUACACUUAUAACAUGCAGUUACGCAAUCUCAGUCUCACUGAAGAACAAAAUGUCCUUUUCAGGUGCUUCUGUGUUCACAUGCUAUUUACAUGGCCAUAAAUCUGUAAUCAUGUGUAAUUUGACUGUGAGUGACAUUCUUGUCAUUUUUCUUGAGAAAAUAAAUAUAUCUUGUUCAUAAAAAGUUGAAGAAA